AUGAACCAAUUUUCCGCCCAUCCUGAUCCCUUUCUCGACCCACAACAUUUGAGAGCAGGAGCAUCGACGGUUACCUUGCGGUUACCUCAGUCCAACGGUAGCGAUAGCAGCAGUAGAACAGUAUCAUCAGUAUCUGAUGGGAGCACUAGUACCAAUAGUAUUAUUAGCGUUAAUGUAGGCAAAGACGCAUCAAUCGAACUAAUUAAUGUUACAAAAGUGUCCAUGCUGCCCCUGCAUGACGAUGAUCUGCUGUACGAAUCGAAGGCAGAUUUUUCCGAUGGUCAGCGGUGGCCAUCCAACAUGCACCGGACGAGUGUGUUUCGGAGUAUAUCAUCCAAAAUCUGGGAUCCCCAUCCCGAGUACAUUCUGUACGCGUUCGGCCACAACAUGCACUUGAAGCUGUGGCACGACGAUGAAUUUAUAACGAAGGAUAUGAAGGUGACUCACAUUUGGCCGAAUGAAACGCUACGCAAGGAGGAGGACCACAUCGAGAGCAAGAUGCUGCAGGCCUGCUACUACAAAGGUGUCGUCGUGGGAGAUGAAUCAUCCUCCGUUCAAGUUUCGCUGUGCGAUGGCAUGCUUGGACACAUCAGUACCCUGAACGGGACCUUUUUCAUCGAACCGGCCGAGAGCGUUUCAAGCAACAACAACAACGUUCUGCACCGUAUCCAGCGGUACUUGACGGACAAGCUUGGUUCGAGCACGGACGCUCGAUUGCAGAUCGACCGCCUUGGAAUUGCGCCGGAAGACUGUGCCGUUCACACAGAACAUGAAAUCGCCGCAGGACGGGAGCUGGACGUCAACCGCACGCUGGCCGGCCAUUGGGGGCCGCACAGGAGCAGACGCAGCGCGCCGCACUUCACGAACGACGAGUACACGAUCGAGGUGCUGGUGGCGGUCGAUAACAAGAUGCAGCGAUACCACGGUGGGGCCCUCAAGUCCUACGUCCUGACACUGAUGUCCAUCGUUUCCAGUGUGUACGCCGACGCCAGCAUUGGGAACUGGAUCAAGAUAGCCGUGUCGCACAUAAUGUACAUCCAUCAGGACCUCGCCGCGCAGAACAAGUCGCUGGAGAACGGGUUGGACGGAGUUUCCGCGUCCCAAAUGCUGCAGGACUUCUGUCGCCUGAAGCAGACCACCAACUUCCACCACGACGUGGCGCUGAUACUGACCCGCGAGCAGAUCUGCCGUGAACCGUCGACCAACAACUGCGACACACUCGGGCUGGCCGAGCUCGGCACGAUCUGUCGGCCGACGGCGUGCGCCAUCGUGCAGGACAAUGGUCUGUCGGCUUCCUUCACCAUCGCACACGAGCUGGGCCACGUAUUAGGAAUGCCGCACGACGACGACAACCGGUGUCAGCGGUUUCGCGGCAACUCGGUCGGAAACGAUCGCAUAAUGUCACGUACGAUCGACCACAACACGCACCCCUGGCAGUGGUCCAGCUGCUCCCGCCACAUACUCACCGAGUACCUCGAAAAAAACCCGAACAACUGUCUGCUGAACCACCCGACCAAGGAUCUGAUCGAUCCGACCGAGAUGGACUCGAAGCUGGCGGGCGAAAAGUUUACCAACAACAAGCAGUGCGAGCUGGUGUUCGGCCACGGCUACAAGAUCUGCUCGUACAUGCCGGUCUGCACCAGGCUGUGGUGUAGCCUGGAGGACGAGAUGCUCGGCUGCAAGACGCAGCACAUGCCGUGGGCGGACGGUACGGAGUGCAGCGACGGUCACUGGUGCCAGAAAGGCCAGUGCGUCCCGAUCGAUCGGACUGUGCUUCAACCGCAAAACGGUGGCUGGAGCCACUGGAGCGCGUUCGGCCACUGUUCCCGUAGCUGUGGUGGAGGCGUUCAGAAUCGGACCCGCGAGUGCGAUUCGCCGAAGCCGAAAAAUGGGGGAAAAUUCUGCGCCGGCCUGCGGAUCGACUAUCGCACGUGCAACACGCAGCCCUGUCCCGAUUCGCGGUACAACUUCCGCGAGGAGCAGUGCCACGAGCACGACGGCCAGACCUUUGACGUGGCCGACCUGAAGAAGAACGUACAGUGGAUACCGAAGUACGGUACGAAGGCCGAGGACCACUGCAAGCUGCACUGUCGCGUCCGCGCAAAGGACGUCAAUAUGUACUUUAUGCUGCGCGAGAAGGUGAUCGAUGGGACGCCCUGUACCUUCCCGGAGGAUAGCUUCGACAUGUGCAUCAACGGCCAGUGUCGGAAGGCCGGUUGUGACUACGUGCUCGACUCGGACGCGAAGCUGGACCGCUGUGGCGUGUGCAACGGGGACAACUCCACCUGCCGGGAGGUGCACGGGUACCUGCCGCUGGGGAAACUGAACAAGCACCACAAGCAACCGUACGACAAUCUGAAAGAGUUCAACAUCCCAAAGGGAGCGACCAACAUCAACAUCACCCACGAAGGCUACAGCAAGGACACGUGCGACAACGACUCCAUCUUCAACGAUCCGAAACAUCCGCCGUCACACGCGAGCAAACAUCGGCUUGCUGCGGGCGUCCGGUUGGAGUACAGCACGCUCGGUAACCACGUGGAGCGGAUCACGUCCGCCUUCGGGCGCCCGCUGCGGGAGAAGCUCACCGUGAAGCUGUUCUACAAGACGCACCACUACAAGCACCAUCAUCACCACGGGCAGGUGGUGUACAGCUACCUGAUACCGAGCCACCCGUUGGCCAAUGUGCUCCCGGGACACCGGGAAGCUAUCGCUCCGCAGCAGCACCACCAAUCGGAUCAUUCACACCACUCGCCGCAACAUCACCGGGAUCACCUUUCGCUGCAGAACUCGAACAAGUUGCAGCGGGCACCACAGCGACCACACGUCGCGGAACUGUCCUACCGGUGGGAGAUGUCCUCGUGGAUGGACUGCGAUCAGGCUUGCUCGGGGAAGAAGCGACGGACGGCCGCUUGCUACAACGCCGACACCGGCCAGGAGGUGGCACCGGAGAACUGCAACGAAACGGUCAAACCGCAAGAUCUGUACGAACCGUGCAAUACGGAGUGUAAAUUCUACUGGGAAGCGGGCCGGACGGAGUGCUCGAAAGCGUGCGGCGAAGGCUUGAAACAGACCGAGUAUCUGUGCGUCCGGAAGCACCUGGAAUCGCUCCAGCAGGACUACGUGGACGCGGCGCUAUGCGCCGGUAUCCAGAAACCGAUGAGCGCCCGGGAACAGUGCGAAGGAUCGUGCAAGGAAGCGGUCUGGUCGUACUCGCCAUGGACUACGUGUUCCUGUACCGACAGAACUCAGAACCGCUCUGCGACGUGUCUUUCCGAGCCGAACGGUUUUCAGAUCGAUGACUCGUACUGCGCAGUGAAGGAGCGCAAGGACGACGUGCAGACCUGCAACCGCAGCGACUGUCCCCGGUGGAUUACGGACAAUCUAACGCCGUGUUCGGUGACCUGCGGCGAAGGCCAACGGGCGUACGCACUGCAGUGUAAGCUUAACAAUGUGACCGUCAAUGCUGCUUUGUGUGGUGCCCGUCCAGUAGCGGUCAUCGUCAACUGUACCAUGCCACCGUGCGAGUCAAAGUUAAUGCAUAACACACAAUACUCGCUAAAGCAGCAAAUGAAAAGUGUAGACUACCAACCGAGCUACCGGUGGCAGUGCAGUGCCGAGUGCGGCGGGGGCUUUAAGAAGCGUCUCGUCCGCUGCCUGUCCAACACCGGUCAGGUGAUGGACGAUCGUUACUGUGUUACCCGCAACAGUUCCAAGCCGGUCCAACGGUAUGAUUGCCCCAACGUUCGGUGUCCCGUUUGGUCCUUCGGCCAGUGGAGUCAGUGUAAUGAACAAUGCAAACGCUCCCGUCAGGUCCUCUGUCAGGAUCAUCGCGGCCAAGCAAGUGACCAAUGCGAGACGACACUGAAACCGCCCGCCGUAGAGUCGUGUUGCAAAUUUAAAUGGACAAUGACCUGCGCCGGAAGAUGCGAUCCAAACGGACGGCGCACGCCGCAGUUCAUCUGCAAGCGUGUGUUUCCGAAGUCACAGGACAAUGAAAAGCCCAUCAAAGCUGGCCGCAAGGUCGACGCGAAAUACUGUGCCAACGCUGCAAAGCCGUCACCGAGCAAGCCGAAGAAAUCGUGUAACAAACCCUGUCCGUUCCGUUGGAAGACCUCACCCUGGUCCAAGUGCUCGGCGGGCUGCGGCCACGGAUGGACCGUGCGGAACGUGACCUGCACCGACGGCCGUACGAUAGCGCCGAAAAGGUGCAACGCGAAGCUGAAGCCACUGAACACGAAAAACUGCGAAGCUUACACCCACUGCAGCUGGCGAUCGAACCGAUGCAACUGCAAGGGUAAACAGAGCCGCUCUGUCAAGUGCUACGACGACCUGCUAAAGGUCGAAGCGAACCGUUGCCCGGACCACCUGCGCCCGAAGAACUACACAGACUGCACACCUCCAGCCCACUGCCGGAAUCGCGCCAGCCGACAACCUGCCAUACCGUUCCGGAGCUGCAAGGAUGCCAGGCGCAGGCAUCGCACUGAUGGGGAGUACAUGAUGCAACUCCGCGGAACGAGCGUCCGAAUCUACUGCCACGGCAUGGGCACAGCCACACCGCUCGAGUACCUGACACUGGCCGCCGGACUCACCGAGAACUAUGCCAUCUACAUCAACCGGCGGGCGGCCGAUGCGAACAAGUGUCAAACUUCGUCGCGAGACUACACGGACGAGAGCGUCAACUACGGUGCGACGCACUACCGGAAAGUUCGCAUCGACCUGGGCACGAUGCGGGUGCUGACCGACGACUUCCAGUUCACGAACAGCUCGGGCAAGAAGCAGCCAUUCGGUUCCGCCGGCGACUGCUACAGCAACACGGGCCACUGCCCGCAGGGUGACUUCGCCAUCAAUCUCGAGGGCACUCCGUUCCGGAUAAGGCCACGGACCGUGUGGAAAACGGACGGCGUACACUCGGUGAUGAAGUUCCUCGUAGCGCUACAACCGCCCUACAAAAAGGUCCGGGCACUCUGCGGUGGCUACUGUGGGAGCUGCUCUGUGUCGCCGGACACGCACCUCUAUCUGGAGCUGGUGUAG